CAGCAUUAUCGACGGCGUUGAUGUGCGGAUUCCUGAAGGGGUUAGCACUUCACGGCCAUCUGGGCGUCCCAAAAAACGAUUGACCGAACAACAUCUUAGAACCCGUGCCAACGUCUACCGCGCCCUGGGUCAGUUCGGACUGAAUUUACUCCAGCGCGGAGGUGAAUGCAUCAAAGAAAACCCCAAAUUGCUGAAUCGUAAACGGGAUGUGGCUUUCUCUGAUCAAGCAAAGGAUUUCGGCUCGAUGUUUCAACUGAGCCUCCGUUCAUUCCUUCGACAACUUGUGGAGUCAGAUCUGAGUGAGGCUGGUUCCUCCACUCUGUCGGCAGACACCGACAACACGGAAGACAGUCGGUCACCAGCCCCUCCUACUUCAGUAGAGGUCUACGUGGACAUGCUGGCUACCUGUCCGACAACGUACGAAAGCGCUGUACCCGUGUUCCGUAUGAUAUCACAUUGUCUCAACCAGGCUGAACAAUACUACACCAUCAGUGAACACUGUUCAGAUGCGGUUGCCUUGGGACAGCAGCGAAGCAAAGCGUAUCUGUUGAUGUCUGGUUUCGAAUCGUCCGAGGCCAGGCAGAUUGAAUUCACCAGUCUUGUCAAAAGCUCGCCUUUUAAGAACCGGUUUUUCGUCCGGCUUUUUGUCCUCAUGUGCGUUUCUGUCAUCGAUCGUCUUAUUGUUAUACCUUGUGGAACAGUCGUUCCGGAUAAUGUUCCACAUGUGUCUUUCUCUGCAGCAAAGGAUUUCGGCUCGAUGUUUCAACUGAGCCUCCGUUCAUUCCUUCGACAACUUGUGGAGUCAGAUCUGAGUGAGGCUGGUUCCUCCACUCUGUCGGCAGACACCGACAACACGGAAGACAGUCGGUCACCAGCCCCUCCUACUUCAGUAGAGGUCUACGUGGACAUGCUGGCUACCUGUCCGACAACGUACGAAAGCGCUGUACCCGUGUUCCGUAUGAUAUCACAUUGUCUCAACCAGGCUGAACAAUACUACACCAUCAGUGAACACUGUUCAGAUGCGGUUGCCUUGGGACAGCAGCGAAGCAAAGCGUAUCUGUUGAUGUCUGGUUUCGAAUCGUCCGAGGCCAGGCAGUGUUGCAUGCACAAACGACGAGUGGAUGUGCUGGAGACCAUUCUUCGUCCUCUGAGCCGAAAACACUAUCUCAUGCUUUGUCGACAGCUGAUGUUCGAACUGGCUGAAGCCCUAACUACGAUGAGGGAUUUGAAGCAACGAGCUUAUGAGGAGGUUCGCCAGGCCAAAACGGAGUCGGCCCUGCACUAUGCUCGAAAAGCCAAUUCUCUGGCCAAACGGGCACUCGCUUUCUACCAACAGCUGAUCAACUCGUAUGCUCGCCCGAACCAACUAUGCCACACUCUAUCUGAGGAUGAGAUUCGACCGCUCAUGUUGGCACACUUCUAUUCUGCUCGGCUUCACUCGAAAUUGUUCCCAGCCACACGCGAAGACCGAGUGCAGAAUUUGUCCAAAGCACUCAGUCAGUACAACUACGUGGUCUCCCUGGUCGAAGCGCACCUCCGCCACAAUCCGGAAAGCACCAUCGGCCAAUCGGAAGAAGUGCAGAUCGCGCGCGAUAUGGCGCACCUCUUACCGACCAAGAUUACCAGACUACACAGAGGAGAACGCCUGGCAGAUUGAUACGUUCCAACCGGCCGGCCGGCCGCACUCACUGUCUUUCACGCACGGCAUUUUCAACUUUCCAGGCAUCAUAUUUUCCCUUGUUUAGGUUUCUCGGUAGCCCUGUCCCAUAUUCUUGCGUUCCUGUACUUGUUUCGUGUCCAACGGCUCCGAGGUCGUCAUUCCAUUCUGAAUUAGGUUGUCUG